GGGUCCUGGGUGUUCCCGGAGAGUCACACCUGCUGUGGACCCUUCCUUGGGCCGGGCGUGCUGCUUGUUCCUGACCGGGACAUGGGGCCCUGGUCCUGGAAAUGCUUCCCAGAUGCUGGAGCUCCAUGGAAGGGAACUGACCCAACAGGCUCCCAGUGUCUGCUGGUCUUCAAGAAUCAGGACCGCUGCAGACAGCAGGAUCUGCCCUGCAGGAAGGAGGCUCAGAAAGAUCUCACUUCUAGGAAGUGUUCUCCAGCACUCUAGUUGGAGUGGCCGGAAGAUGGGUGUCAGGCUGGCAGGGUCUGGAUCCUGGCUGAGGCACAUCUGACUGCGUGAGCAAAUGGUCUUACCUCUGGAUUACCAUGGUCUUACCUCUGGAUUGCCUGUAGUGGGGGUGUGGGGGUCAGGCAUGGUGCUGCCCAUGUGUAAUCCCAGACUUAGGAGGCUGAGGCAGGGAAAUUGCUUCGAGCUCAAGGCUAGCCUUGCACCCUGUCUCAAAAAAAAGAAAACAAAAACAAUUAAAUAAAACAGGCAUGGCAGGAGAAUACACACAAUGUGUUGCGAGAGACAAGAAUGAGGAGUGGGCCUGUUCACAAGAAUGUGGUUCCUCCAUCUCCCUGCCCUGCAUCAGGGCUGCCUUGGGCCAGACCAGGGGAGGAACUGGCAUUGGGCAUUGUUGUGCUGGGGCAGCCCGUGGUGCCUUCCUGCCAUCCUGCACCACUAUGGACACAGGACCAGGUGGGCUGGCCUGGGCCAAGUCUUGGAGGUAGGCGGAACUGGCUUGGGCAUCCGAGGGAAGGCCUCCCAUGCUGAUACGGCCAGGACAAGUAGCAGUGAUGCCUGUCACCAGGUGUAUGCUGGUCUGGUUUCACCUUGGAGUGACCAGGGUCUGCAGCCUCUGCCCACCAUCAACCCUUGCAGGCUGCCAGGUACACAAAAGGCUGGCACAGCCCUGUGGCACCUCUCCUUGAGAGGCCAUGAUGUCCUGGGUCCCAGUCUGGGUGAAUGUGUGUCCACCUGAGGCCUGAGCUCCCUCACCUCCCAAGUUUAGGGUCUCGGCCCUUGGCAAGCAUUUACCAAUCACCUACUGUGUCCAGACCGAAUCCUUCUCUGGGUUGGGGCACAAAGUGAGGGUCCUGGAGUGUCCCAGGGAAGUGGGCAAGCCAAAAGAAUGCCAGACAAGAUGAGCAGGGGCUGCCUCCCACCUGGCUGCAGAGCAUCCCCAUCCCUGCCCAAGGGUGGGGGGCCAAGGCCAGAGCGGCUUUUCCAUUCUCAGCUCUCAUCCUGGGGGACCCUAAGACUGUACCUUGUGUGGGUGUCUGUGAGUGGGAGGCCCAGAGAGGGAACCAGUGAAAUGAAACAGGACAAGAAGGGCAGAGUACCUGUCAUCAGAGCAGCAAGGCCUCCCCUGGCCUUGUCCCCGUGCCACCCGCUAAGCUCAGGUCCGGCCAGGGGCUGCCAGGCUGGGAGAGGAAGGAGGGAAGGAGGGGCCUGCCACCCAGCCCUCCACAGGAUGGGGCACCUUCCCCAGCAUGUGCCCUACCAGUGGUCUGUGUCCUCAGCUCACAUGGGAAGGCACUGGCAGCCCCCGUGGGGGUCAAGCUCUGGGCUCCAGGCUGUGUCCUGGCUCAUGCUGCCCAGGCCACCCAUGGCAUGAUUCUGACUUUAGAAACUUGGGGUCUGUCCACCUAGCUCCCUUCUGACAAGUGUGACGGUCACCUUACAGAGAAGGACACAGGAACCUUCUGCAAGCCACAUACACAAGCAGUACUGGAGCUUUAGCCCCAGCCUAUAUCUGUGCCAGGCCCAUGCAGGGGAAGGCCAGCUGGGGUCUGACAGGACAAAAAGCAAGCUGCACCCUCCCAGGUGGUGGAGCAUGAGUGGAAAAUCUGGAAAGGGAAAGGGAGGUGUGGGAAUUUCAUCCUCCCCUAAAUGAGGUGACAAAACUGAAGGCAAAAAUCCCUGUGGUGUCCCGUGGAGAGGCCUGGCGUGCACUUCUCAAGGAUUUUGUAAUAUCUGAUGGUGAACGGCUUUGUUGUGGAGCAGGGCCAGGGCACAUGUGAGGCAGAAGUAUUCCUUUGGCUGGGCCCACCUUGCAGUCCAUUGGUUUGGGAGACGGAGGCAGGAGGAUCACAAGUUCAAGCCCAGCCUGAGCAACUCAGUGAGACGCUGUUUCGAAGUAAAAAAUAAAAAGGGCUAGAGAUGGAGCUCAGGGAUAGAGUGGCCCGAGGUUUAAUCCUCACUGCAGGGAGGAAAAAGCACAACAGUAUCUCUCUGGGCCUGGCCCUGCCCAGCCUGGGUCAGGAGCGGGCACCCUGAGUAGAUUACCUGAGCACUGAGGUCAUGCUCAGGGGCCCCAGAGGAAGCCAUCCACAGCAGGACCAGGCAGGCAGUGGCCCAGAGUUCUGGUGCUAGAUUUGGAGGGGACUCACUGAAGUGCUCCUGCCCUCCUCCUCAGCUGCCUGGGGUCCCUGGUGUCCCUGAGCCGCCAACUCCAAAGGCUGCUGCUCCGUGACGAGGCGUGGCCCUGGGAGGAUGCCUUGGCCACCUGCCCACACCCUUCUGCACCAUGGGUGAUGAACGGCGGCUGCCUGGCAGUGCUGUGGGCUGGCUGGCAUGCGGAGGUCUCUCUCUGCUGGCCAACGCCUGGGGCAUACUCAGUGUGGGUGCCAAGCAGAAGAAGUGGAAGCCUCUGGAGUUCCUGUUGUGCACGCUCGCAGCCACCCACAUGCUCAACGUGGCGGUGCCCAUUGCCACCUACGCCGUGGUGCAGCUGUGGCGGCAGCGUCCCGACUACGAGUGGAAUGAGGGCCUCUGCAAGGUCUUCGUGUCCACCUUCUACACCCUCACCCUGGCCACCUGCUUCUCCGUCACCUCCCUCUCCUACCACCGCAUGUGGAUGGUCCGCUGGCCCGUCAACUACCGGCUGAGCAAUGCCAAGAAGCAGGCGGUGCACACAGUCAUGGGCGUCUGGAUGGUGUCCUUCAUCCUGUCGGCCCUGCCUGCAGUCGGCUGGCACGACACCAGCGAGCGCUUCUACACCCACGGCUGCCGCUUCAUUGUGGCUGAGAUCGGUCUGGGCUUCGGUGUCUGCUUCUUGCUGCUGGUGGGCGGCAGCCUGGCCAUGGGCGCGGUGUGCACAGCCAUCGCCCUCUUCCAGACGCUGGCUGUGCAGGUGGGGCGCCGGGCUGACCCGCGCACCUUCACUGUGCCCACCAUCGUCGUGGAGGACACACAGGGCAAGCGCCGCUCCUCCAUCGAUGGCUCAGAGUCAGCGAAGACCUCUCUGCAGGUCACAGGCCUGGUGGCCACCAUCGUGGUCAUCUAUGACUGCUUCAUGGGCUUCCCUGUGCUGGUGGUGAGCUUCAGCAGCCUGCGGGCUGAUGCCUCUGCACCCUGGAUGGUGCUGUGUGUGCUCUGGUGCUCUGUGACCCAGGCCCUACUGCUGCCUGUGCUCCUCUGGGCCUGUGACCGCUACCGGGCCGACCUCAAGGCUGUCUGGGAGAAAUGCAUGGCCCUCAUGGCCAAUGAUGAGGACUUGGAAGAGGAGGCUAGCCUGGAGGGCAGCAUCCCCCCAGACCUGGUGCUGGAGCACUCGUUGGACUACAGCUAUGGAGGUGACUUUAUGGCCCUGGACAAGAUGACCAAAUAUGAACUCUCUGCCCUGGAGGGGGGCCUGCCCCAUCUCUACCCAUUACGGCCCCUGCAGGAGGACAAGAUGCAGUACUUGCAGGUCCCGCCCACGCGGCCUAAGCACAACACUUGCACCAUCAGCAAUAGCACCGCCCUCACCAUUGCUAGUGACCCCUUGUUUACUACCCGCCAUUGUUGCCUGCUCCCCAACGUGGUGGCCACCUUUGUGACUCCCACCACAAAGGCUUCUUGGCCCCACCCAAGGCCCACCUUCCGCUCCCUGCAGGACUGCUCUUUGCUGUUCCUCCUGGGCAGACCUGUUGCAGGCCUGUGUCCUGGGCCGGGGUCAUAG